UGCAAAAGUCAAACAAUGAGAGCUUUAGCAGCAGCAAGAACUUGUUGGGAGCAGCGUCCGACCCUGAAGCUAAACUUGGACUAAAGGGUGGAAGAAUGAGGGUUCUUUCAACCAGAAAUAUUUUUGCUCUGAUUUUUUCUGUUUCCCACUCUUAAUUAUGGCAAUUUUUGAGUGUUUUCUUUUUUUCAUUGUACUAACUUGGUUAUAAACAGAUUUAGGAGUCUGACAAGGUCUGGAAAAUUUAACAGUAACCAAGAAUUCUGACCUAACUCUUCCCUUUCCUCUUGUCUCCAGAUGGAAAGGUCAGCCCGAGCACCCUCCCUGUUUUAGCCACCCCUUCCUUGCUCCCUUCCAACUCUUCAGCUGCAGUGGACAUUGCUGGUCCCGUGAAAGCAUUAAUCGAUGGCAGUGGAGCAGAGAUUGAGAUCGGUAUGCUGGAUGAGAAACUGAUCAAGUUCCUGGCCUUGCAGAGAAUACACCAGCUCUUCGCUUCCAAAGCCCAGCCCUUGGCCGACAACGUGGGAGGCCCCCCACCCAGUUCUGCAAACAGUCCUGCGGAAGGACAGAGGAAGGAGGUGCAGGCCCGGGCCGUCUUCUACCCUCUCCUGGGCACGGGCAGUGCUGUGAACAUGUGCUACAGGACCCUCUACAUCGGGACAGGAGCAGACAUGGACGUGUGCCUUACAAACUACGGUCACUGCAACUACGUCUCAGGCAAACACGCCUGCAUCUUCUAUGAUGAGAACACCAAACAUUAUGAACUGCUCAACUACAGCGAGCACGGCACAACGGUGGACAAUGUCCUGUACUCGUGUGACUUCUCUGAGAAGACGGCGUUCAUCCCUCCCAGCAGCAUGGUUGCCAAAGUACAGAGUGUGAUCAAGCGCCACAAGAACCGGAAGCAGCUGGAGGAAGAGCCGCCACCGAGCGAAGAGGCCGCGUCGAUGAGGGCCCAGGCCCAGGGUCAGGCCCAGCAUCCCUGCAGUUGCAAAGCCAGCAGUUCCAGCCUGAUCGGAGGCAGCGGGGCGGGAUGGGAGGGGACGGCUCUGUUGCACCACGGCAGCUACAUCAAGCUCGGCUGCCUGCAGUUCGUCUUCAGCAUUACGGAGUUUGCGACCAAACAGCCCAAGGGGGACGCGUCGGCCUUAGUCCAAGAGACGGACUUGGAAGAGAAACUGUCCCCCAAGGCCCACCAGGUUCCUGUGCUUCGGUCCAAUUCAGUGCCAUAGGAGCUGUGGGGCAGCAAGGAGGGAGGUGGGAGGAAAGCCCCUCCCUCCCUCCCUCCCUCCCUCCCCGAGAUCAGAGACGCCUGUUUGACACACACAAACCAUGUCUGUCCGCAUUUUUUCCUAUGUGGGCCGCAGACUUUUGAUGCCCUUUGCAUGAAAUGAAGAACUUUAAUUUUUUUAUGGUUUGCUCAAGUUUUAGGGGCAUUUGCACAUAUAUUUGUACUAUACAUUUCAUUUA